AUGACAAAACCCUCGGCGUUUAUUUGGUUCGAGAUGUACAUUUUCAUAACACUCGCACAUUCGCAAGGAACGAGAGAUGAUCUGGUGAGACUUAGGAAUGUGCUGUUCAGGAACUACACCAAGGACUUCCGGCCGGUGUAUAACUUAAGUGAUUCAGUACAUGUAUCAGUUGAUAUGCUCAUGAUAUCUAUCUUAGACCUAGAUGAAGUCACUGGGACAUUCACGCUUAACUGUGGUCUAAGGAUAACAUGGACAGAUGAUCAGCUUGUUUGGAAUCAAAGUGACUUCGCUGGCAUCACUUCAUUUGUGUUCAAUUCGUCAAAAAUUUGGACACCCAGAAUUUAUAUAACUUCAUCGGCUGACGAUUUAUCUGAUAUCUCCUUUGACGCCUUUGAUGUUCGAGUAUAUUACAAUGGCACGGUAACGUGUGCACCAGGUCGACAUUUGAGGGCGAGCUGCCUCUUCGACAUGACCAACUUUCCGUUAGAUUCGCAGUUAUGUACACUGCAAGUAACCCCGUGGACUUUCACAGCAUUUGAAAUGAUACUUAUCAUUGAAAACCAAGAAAUUAACUUGGAUUACUAUAAACCUAACGGAGAAUGGGACAUAGACUGGACAUCUGUGACAAACUACACAUAUUACGGUCCAUCUCAUUCCGUAAUAGAUUUUUCUGUUCACCUGACAAGACGUUCAGCAUACUUCUUGGUAUCCAUGGCUUCACCCAUCCUGCUCCUGUGCUUCCUGAACCCAUUCGUAUUCCUUCUUCCGGCCUGCUCAGGGGAAAGAAUUUCCUACACAAUUACCAUCUUCCUGUCGAUGGCAGUGUAUAUGACGCUUAUCGGGGAAAACAUGCCGAAGACUUCAGAUCCAAUGGCGGGAAUUUCGUAUUUUUUGCUUGUUGCGAUGUUGUAUAGCUGUCUGCUAAUCGUUUUAACAAUAUUCACGUUACGAUGUGAUACUGUAUCCAAUACCGAUACUCAGAAGUUCCCUAGAUGGGUAUUAUGGUUAGCCUCCAGGCAAAAGCCAAGCAGAUCAGUCCCCCAAAAUAAAGUAGACGUUGGGAAAGAAAUAAGUGUUGUCCUUACAAAUGAGUAUGACAAAAAAUCGGACACUUUAACUCAACAUCAGGAAAUGGAAACCGUUCCAAGUGCAAAAGAUGUAAUGACCUUCAUUGAUAAAGCUCUGUUUUGGAUUACGCUUUUCAUGAUGGUUGUUAUAUGUUCUGUAUUUUGGAUUUGUUUGUGGGUUUAA